AUGGAGGCUUUAUCUUGUAUGCUUAAUCGUGCUAAAGAGGCGGGGGCGAUAAAAGGUAUAGUUACUCCUAAUAACGGGCCCGUCAUUAGUCAUCUUUUGUAUGCGGACAACGCCAUUGUUAUGGGGGAAUGGUCUAAAAGUGAAGUCGUGAACAUUGUGCGGAUUCUCAGGUGUUUCUAUAUUUGCUCGGGUCUCAAGAUUAACAUCGAUAAAUCUAAUUUAUACGGUAUUGGUGUUGGAAUGGAAGAAAUCGGGGAUAUGGCCAAUGAAGCGGGUUGUAAGCCGGAUUCGCCUCCAUUCAAAUACCUCGGCUUAAAGGUGAGAGCUAACAUGAAUCGGAUUAUCAAUUGGCAACCGGUGUAUGAGACAUUCCGUGCUCGUCUCGAUAAAUGGAAGUCUCAUCUUUUAUCCAUUGGGGGAAGGGUGAUCAUCAUCAAAUCGGUCAUGGAAAGUAUUCCAAAUUAUUAUUUUUUGCUUUACAAAGCCCCUAAGAAGGUGAUUUUGGAUUUAGAAGCUAUGAUUAAAAAGUUUUUAUGGGGAGGUUCCAUUGAGGAAAGGAAGAUGCAUUGGGUGGCGUGGGAUCGGGUUGCUUGUCAUAAAAAAGAUGGUGGGUUAGGGUUGAACAAACUCAAUGUGGUUAAUACGUCUCUUUUAUCUAAGUGGGGAUGGCACUAUAAAACCGAGGAUAAUAACUUGUGGAAAAGAAUUAUUGAUGCCCUUCAUUUUUUGUCGGGUCGGAUGGGAAUGCAUCCCCUUCAAGAAGUCUCUUAA